GGCGGCCCGGAAUCAUCAUACAUCAUUGAUGCGCUGUCUCUCUGUCAAACUUUAAUUAUUCACCGGAUCGGUUCUGAUCGGCUGGGUUGACAGCCUGGACUCCACCUUUACCCCACCUGAUCAAGGUUCUAUCACGAGACCCUCCGGAGACACUGACAUGCGAGAAACAUGCGCGGCCAACGCUUUCCCUCCCCCAAUCGAUCCCUUCCAUGAAAGUCAUUUAUUCCGCUUUCUGGGGCUCGUUUCUGCCCCUGCUUUCUCUGGCGAACGCGGAUUCUCUCCGACGCACUACACUCGCUAUCGAUCCUCUGAAAUCAUGCCGUGUGGAAGUGGCGUCCCGGAAAUACGAUCUGUGCUCCCUCCUCAGGGGAGGCGCUCGUCGCUGGUCCCUCGCAUGGGGAGAUGAGCGCACAGAAUACACCUUCGAUGCCGGUUCGGGCUCAGCUGGAGUUGAACUUGGCCAGCCCAGUGCUGUCCCGGAUGUACUGGAUCUGGUGGAGUUCCCAGCUUAUUUCACGUUGAAGAUCUCUGGGAAACGUCCGUACUGUGCGCGGAUCGGUUAUGAAUGCACAACUCGAGAUGUUGCACAGCAGCCUCGUUACUCUGGAGUGGACUCGGAAUGUGAUACGUUCAGCUGGCACACUCCUCACUCAUGCACGCCGCUGCAUGCGUUUGAAGAAGAUAGCGACGCACAACUUCCCCAGAAUUCGUCCGAACCCGAUAACCCAGACGACCACUCCGACGAUUUCCGAGGCCCUGAUCAACGACGCGUAUCCAGGAUCUCCCUUGUCCUCGCUUUCAUUGUCAUAUCCGCCGUGGUUGUCUUGUGCACUGUAAUAUCCUAUCGCGGGCAUGGGAUCUCUGUUUCUGUGAUUCAGAACCGAGUCAGUCCGCUCAUCGACCGCUUACGCGUCUUCGAAAUUCCUUCCAUCACAAUACCUCACUCCUUGCGCCGCACCGGCCAAGGAAAGCUCGUGCAAUGGGCCCACGAGGAUUUAGAGCUCGGGGAGGAUUUCAUGGUCAACGGAAGUUUCGAGCCCGAUGAUACAGUCGAGGACACUGGCGAUGAAUACAUCCCCCUGCGACCCAGCCCUAGAAAAGGCCAGAUGAAGAACUAUGGCUCUGCGCCUGCUUCCCCGUUUUGGUAGUUGGCUAUAAUAAAUAAAUAUAUGUACCCUGUAGAAACAAACAUCCAAAUGUAACAAGAUGUACCUGAAGAAA